AUGAAGUUCUCUGCUCUUGCUACCGUCGCCCUUGGCGCUGAGGUUGCCCUCGCUGCCCGUUGGACAGAGAAGCGUCGUGAGCGCCACGCUGCCCGCGCGGCGUCCCGUCAGACCAACCCGCUUCUCCCUGCUACGGAAGUCGACGGUCUUCAGGUCGAGGCUUUCACCAACGAGACUGCCCAUGCCGAGUACUCCUCUAACUGGGCGGGCGCUGUUCUCAUUGGCACUGGCUACAAGUCGGUUACGGGCACCUUUGUUGUGCCGACCCCUUCCAAGCCUUCUGGAGGUAGCUCCAGCACUGAGUAUGCUGCCUCAGCGUGGGUUGGCAUCGACGGUGACACUGCCACGAAUUCGAUUCUCCAAACCGGCGUCGACUUUUAUGUCCAGGGCUCCACGAUCAGCUUCGAUGCUUGGUAUGAGUGGUACCCCGACUAUGCCUAUACCUUCAGCGGUAUCAGCAUCUCGGCCGGUGAUACUAUCACCGUGACUGUCACAGCUACUUCCACCACAGCUGGAACCGCUGUCGUGAAGAACGUGUCGAAGGGUACCUCGGUCACCCACACUUUCACCGGCCAGACCCGUGCUCUGCAGGAGCUCAACGCCGAGUGGAUCGUGGAGGACUUCUCCUCUGGCGGUUCUCUCGUGCCAUUUGCCGACUUCGGCACCGUGACCUUCACCGGAGCCUCUGCCAGCGGAUCUUCCGGCACCGUGACUCCCUCCGGAGCGACUCUCAUCGACAUCAAGCAGAACGGAAAGGUCCUGACCAGCUCCUCUGUCUCCGGCUCCUCUGUCACAGUCGAGUACAUCGGUUAG